UCCCUGUCAGAUUUGUGAUCGUACAACUCAGAAUCUGAGUUAGAAGCAUCUACGAGGUCCUCAGCUCCUACCUGUUCUAUAGUGAUUGCAGUAACGUGGAAGAUCCUCUCUGAAGUCAGCCCUGUGGUGAGGUUCCAAAGAUUCUUUUGACCAUGGUCAAGAGAGUUGCAGUCAUUGGUGCUGGGUCCUGUGGUCUUCCUGCUAUUAAGUGUUGUCUGGAUGAGGGGCUUGAGCCCACCUGCUUUGAGCAGAAUGAUGAUAUCGGAGGACUCUGGAAAUUUCAGGAUAAAACUGUCGAGGGAAGGGCCAGCAUAUAUAAAUCCCUGACAAUUAACACAUCUAAGGAGAUGAUGGCCUUUAGUGAUUUCCCCAUCCCAGAAGAUUAUCCCAACUACAUGCACAAUAGUCAAGUCAUGGAUUACUUCCGGGCAUACGCCAAGCACUUUGGACUGCUGCCAUACAUAUCCUUUAAGACCACUGUCCUCAGUAUAUCCAAACAACCAGAUUUCUCUGUAACUGGUCAAUGGAAUGUCAUCACCGAGUCUUCUGGGGUGAAGGAAUCAUCUGUCUUCGAUGCUGUUUUGGUUUGCACUGGUCAUCAUGUUGAACCUUACCUACCACUAUCAUUUUUUCCAGGUAUAAGGAAAUUUAAAGGACAAAUCUUGCAUAGCUGGAAAUACAAACAGCCUGAAAAUUUCAGAGACAAAAGAGUGGUUAUGAUUGGUCUGGGGAACUCUGGAGCAGACAUCACUGUGGAUCUCAGCCAUGCCGUGAAAAAGAUUUUCCUCAGCACCAGGUCAGGAUCAUGGGUGCUCAAUCGUGUUUCAGAUAAUGGCUUCCCACUGGAUGUUACAUACUUUACUCGCUUCAGAAAUACCAUCCGCCAUUUUACCCCCUUGUGCCUACUGAAUAGGUGGGGAGAAAACAAACUAAAUUCAAGAUUCAACCACACAAACUAUGGCCUGAAGCCUUCCCACAGGUUCCUCAGCAAGUAUCCUAUCGUGGGUGAUGACCUCCCCAAUGGUAUCAUCUCUGGCCGAAUCACUGUGAAGCCAAAUGUGAAGGAAUUUACUGAAACUGCUGUGAUCUUUGAAGAUGGUACCAAAGAAGAUAAUAUUGAUGCUGUCAUCUUUGCAACGGGUUACUCCUCUUUCCCCUUUCUUGAGGAAUCUGUCAUCAAAAUCAAGAAUAACCAUGUCUCCCUUUACAAACACGUCUUCCCUCCAUUUCUGGAAAAGCCAACACUGGCCGUAAUUGGCCUUCUCCAGCCUCUAGGGGCCAUCAUGCCAAUUGCAGAGCUGCAGGUCCGAGGGGCUACCCGAGUCUUUAAGGGUUUGAUCAAACUCCCUCCUGAAGGUGUUAUGAUGGCUGAUGUUAUCCAAAAGAUAAAGGAAAAUGAGAAAAGGUAUGUGCCUAGUCAACACAUCAACUUGCAAGUACAAUAUAUUGAGUACAUGGAUGAAAUUUCCAGCUUCUCUGGAGUCAAGCCCAAUGUGCUGUCUCUAUUCCUCAGAGAUCCAAAACUGGCUUGGGAAGUCUUCUUUGGUCCAUGUACACCAAUCCAAUUCCGUCUCAUGGGGCCAGGGAAGUGGGAUCAAGCUCGGGAGGCUAUCCUAUCCCAGAGAAAAAGGAUCAUCAAAGCAACAAAAACCAGAGAUCCCCCCAACAAUAGCGAGGAAACUCCCAAUUCUUUGGGAUUGCUGUUUUUUAAAACUCUGUGGUUCGUGGCAUUUUUCAUGGCAAUUUUUGUUUAUUUGUAGUUUGAGUGGUCUCUCCUAGAAAGGACCCAGCUAAGAUUUCAAAGUCAUUGUCCAUCACGUCUGGCACUCCUUUUCACCACCUUCUUCUCUUAUUCCUAGUACUUUUCUCUCCCCACCACAGAGGUAAUAUGAAAAGGCAGAGAGAUGUUGACUUUCCCCGUAAUAUGUAGACAGCUUGGAAACCAAGUAACUUCAGAUGGAUGCAGUCCUGAUCUGCCAGACAAAUGUUCAUUCUCUUGGGCAGGCACUGGUCCUCAAUCCAAGAGAUUCGAAGUUAAUUCAACCUUUUAGCACUUGUUAUCUUCUUAGAUGCCUGCUGAGCCAAACUUCAAAUGUUCUGGCCCAGGAGCAGAACUUAAAUGAGAUAUAAACAAAUAGUUUGUGAGGACCACUGAAGCAGAUUGUAUAAAAAAAAAAUACACCCAGUGAAACAAAAUCAAACUUUUUCUAACUUCAAAGAACUGAGAACUAUUUUACUGCAUUCUGACCAUCGCAGAAACUACCAAGGGUCAGGAAAUUCUUCCUCAUUUCUUUCUCUGCCCCUUCAGGACUCCAUUUGAGACUCCUUUCUCUUUGUUAUGUUAAGAAUAAGGAUAGAGAAGAAUCCCUCUCCCAAGGGUUAAAUGGCCAUAAAAUUUUUUAAAUGAUUGAAUUCAUUUCCUCCAGCUCUUCUCUCUUGAAGGCUGUGGAAUUGCCUUUAUUCUGAAAACCAGUUCCCCAUGGCCUCCUUUCCAACUAUUUGACCACUUCUGUAGUUCUCCUCUGAAGGCUUCUCAUCUUUUCUAUACCUUUCCCUUACUGUAGAGUCCAAAUUCACAUCUGGACUCAAAUGUGACUGGCUUUGGCUGGGGCUGGCUUUGAUUUGUUGUUAUUAUACUCCUACUACAACUCGCAUGUCUGUAUCAGUGUUGAGACUCUUCGGAGAUAAUAUGCUUAUUCUCACAAUGUUGCUGUUGCUAAAAAACAAAACAAAAAAAAGCAAAAAAAACCCCACUUUUGGAAUUUCUCUUUUGUAUUUGCCUUCAAAGCCCAUUUACCAGUCACAAAUGAAAACUUCUCUCACUGCUUUAAUAGAUACAACACCAUAGUGUUUUGUUGUUGAUGCUGCCGCUGUUGAAAGCGAUAGUACUCAGCCUGAUUGUAGAGUGGUGUCAAAGUUGGGUGCAACCUUAGUGAUUACUUGGUCUGAUCUUCUCAUGAAUAGAUGAGGGAACUGAGGCACAAGGAAAUUAAAUGCUCUGCCCAAAGGUGAAAAGCUAGGAAAAGAACUGAGUCAAUAUUCUUUUCACUUGACCAUGCUACCUUCCAUCUAUCUUAGUCCAUAUGCUUGCCUCCUGAAUGACUUUGGACUGUUACCAAAAAUCAGAUCCUCCUCCCUCAAAGACUAUCCAGAAGAAUGUGACCAAGUCUCUGAAAUAUAAUUCCAAAAGGGAAGCUCCCCCCAAAUGUUCUUAGCCAUGGUAGCUUCAUUCAGAUAAGGGUCUAAUGGUUUGUUACAACUUCAAGAGACACAGUGCUCAUUUGGAUGGAAGAGCUUCAGCAUUCUUUUCUCAUUUUUUCUCAAACAAGUAGGCUCCAUUAUCUUACACUUGGUAUACCUGAAGAAUUAUUUCAUCAGUCCUACAUUUUGCCUCCUGCAAAAUUCUGCUUUCUUUGGAGAGAGAGAGAGAGAGAGAGAGAGAGAGAGAGAGAGAGACAGAGAGAGAGAGAGAGAGAGAGAAAGAGAGAGAGAGAGAGAGAGAGAGAGAUUCCCCUCCUACUUCUUAACCAGUUACUAUGAAGCCACCAGGAAGUUUGCUUAUAAAUUAACGUAGUAGUCAAAGGCAUCAUUCCAAUUUCAAGCAUCCGUAAGACUUUAAAUCUGCCUAACGCUUUAGUCAUCUUUUGCAAGGGCUUAACUCAGUCCUUCCUUCAAGCUAAUAUAGUUACUAUCUCAAUUUCCAAAUCAAGUUAAGUACUAGCCCACAGUUUGUUUGCAUUCAAGGUUACCAUAAUAAUCAUCAUCAACACAAUUAUACUAAUAAUUUAAAUUUGUAUAUUUUAUUAUUACAAAGCAUUUUUAUAUAUAUUACCUAAUUUCAUACUGGACUAUAAGCUCUAAGAGGGAAAAAAUCCAUAUCCUAUUCAUCUUUAUAUUUUAUCACAGUUCCCUGUAUGUAGUA